AUGGGAAUUUGUAAAUGCAUUGCCAAGAGUGCUCAAACUCCUUCUGCUUUAUCUUUAGGUAUAUUUUAGAUCGAUAAGAAUUUACGUCCUAUAAAGAUGCAUAUGAAGGGAAUGGAGGAAAUUUAAGAGACUAUAAAUUAGAAGAUCCCCCAUUAGGAUAAGGUAAAAAGUGUUAUCUAUAAAGUAGGCGCAUUUGGUACAGUUUGGAAGGCUAUUCAUAUAGCAAGUGGGUAAUUAAGAGCUAUAAAAUAAAUCAAUAAACUAAAAGCUAAUGAAGAUGAAUUUUAAUAGAUAAUCAAUGAAGUCAAUAUAUUGAGAUCUUUAGUAAUUAAUAAUGUGAUAAUAAUAGGAUCAUCCUAAUAUAAUCAAAAUAUUUGAUUAUUUUGAAGAAAAUGAUCAUCUUUACAUAGUUACAGAAUUAUGCACAGGAGGAGAAUUAUUUGAUAAGAUUAUCUAAUCAAAUUAUUUUUCAGAAAAAGAAGCUGCAUUAGCAAUGAAACAAAUAUUAUCAGCAUUAAAUUAUUGUCAUUAAUCUAAGAUAGUUCAUAGAGAUAUUAAACCAGAAAAUUUAUUAUAUGAUCAUGAAGGAGAUGAUAGUUAAUUAAAAAUAAUUGAUUUUGGAACUUCUUUAAAAUAUGGUAAUUAAAAGCUUGAAGAAAAGAUAGGCACUGUAAGAUACAAUUGUUGAAUUAAAUUUUAGGUAUAUUAUAUGGCACCUGAAUUGAUUGAUGAAAAAUAUGAUGAAAAGUGUGAUAUAUGGUCUGCAGGAGUUGUUUUAUUUAUCUUAUUAUGUGGUUCACCACCAUUCGAUGGAGAAACUGAUGAUUAAAUAGUGAAAAGAAUAUAAUAAGGAAAUAUAUAUUUUGAACAGUAAUAAUGGAAAUCUGUAUCAAAUGAAGCCAAAGAUUUAAUUAUGUAAUUGUUAAAUAAGAAUCCUUAAAAGAGAUUAUCUGCAAACAAAGCAUUGAUGCAUCCUUGGAUAUAGAAAUAUACAUCCGAAGAAUUAUAAGCCCCUGAAUUAAAAAAUGUACUAAAUAAUAUGAAACACUUUCGAGUACUUUUUUAAGAUUAAUUAGACUACUCAAAAAGUUUAAGAAGCAGCCUUUCUUUAUAUUGUUAAAUAGUUCAUUUCAAAAGAGGAGAAAUAAGAAUUAUAAAGGUUUUUUAAAUUUCUGGAUAAAAAUGGAGAUGGAGUUCUUACAAAAUAAGAAUUAUUAGAAGGAUAUAAAAAGAUUAUUAGUUAAUCAGAAGCAGAGUUGCAAGUUGAAUAAAUCAUGAAAUAAGUUGAUAAAAAUGAAUCAGGAUUAAUAGAUUAUUCAGAAUUUGUUGCUGCUACAAUUAAUAAGCAAAAAUUGUUAUAAUAAGAUAUUUUAGAAUAAGCAUUCAAAGCAAUAGAUAAUGAUAAUAAUGGAGCCAUUACAGUUGAAGAAUUAAAACAUAUGUUUGGAGCAGGCAAUAAAAUUCCAUCUGAAACAUGGACUAAAUUAAUGGAAGAAGUAGAUAAAAAUGGAGAUGGAGUAUUAUCUUUAUAAGAAUUCAAAGAGAUGAUGUUAAAACUUUAAAUUGAUUGA